GGACGGCCGGCCGGGAGGGGCGGGGCCUGCCGGCUCGGCGCCGCGAGUCCUCGUUUUUGCACACACACGAAUACAAAGAGCCCAACGACCUUCGGAUGACAUAGGCUCCGUUGGAGGCCCCUGUCUGUUGCGUAGGCCACAGCGCUGGGGGUCCCACGCGUGGGUGCAGCAAGCAUGUCUUCUGCUCUCUAACAGUGUGCCUCGCGGCAAGGCCACUGCAGGCAUCCCCCGCGCCAGUGAGGGCUGAGGGUGACAGCUGGAGUGUGGUGCAUCUGCAAACAGAAGAAUCUGUCCCCUGUGCAGGCCAUGAGAAGCAGCCAUGGGCCGUUGGCCCUGCCGCCUGCUUCUGCUUCCAAGAAUCCACAGCCUGGGGCCCAGGCUCCUGUGAUCACACUUGGUGAGAAAGGAGAGUGACCCGCAAGUGCUCGGUGCAUGUGUCCCAGCCACGGUGUGAGACCGGCUAACGCGAGCCUCCUUUUGCAGCAGUUCUACAGCGCGAACUCGGUGCCACACUGUACAUGUCACCAUGUCCUUCAGUGCCACCAUUCUCUUCUCCCCUCCCAGUGGCAGCGAGGCCAGAUGCUGCUGCUGCGCCUGCAAGAGUGAGAGCAGCGGGGGCAGCACAGGCGCUCAGGGGGGCAACCCUCCGCCCAGCACCCCCAUCACAGUGACCGGCCACGGCCUGGCGGUGCAGAGCUCCGAGCAGCUUCUGCACAUCAUCUACCAGCGGGUGGACAAGGCCGUCGGUCUGGCCGAGGCCGCCCUGGGGCUGGCCAGAGCCAACAACGAGCUCUUGAAACGCCUCCAGGAGGAAGUGGGUGAGCUCAGGCAAGCGAAAGCAUCCACCCCAGAGGAAGAUGGGGACGGCCGGACGCACAGCACCCCACUGCAGGAUACGGGACCUCUUAAGGAGAGUCCAGGGGAGGCCUGCAAGGUACCGUCUGCCAUGGAAGAGGAGUGCGACAGCGUGGGCAGUGGCGUACAGGUGGUGAUCGAGGAGCUGCGGCAACUGGGAGCAGCCUCGGCUGUGGCGCCAGGGCCCAUGAGCUUCCCCGCCCCGCAACGAGACCUGAGGCUCACCGGCUGUGCCCUGGCCGCCGGGGAGGGGCCCCCGCUGCUCAGCCCUCUAGUGGAUGACUAUGUGGCCUCCGAGGGUGCUGUACAGCGGGUACUGGUCCCUGCUUAUGCCAAGCAGCUCUCCCCAGCCACCCAGUUGGCUCUGCAGCGGGCAGCCUCAGAGACAGGGCCAGAAAACGGGACCAAGUUGCCACCGCCCCGGCCGGAGGACAUGCUCCGUGCUGCCGCCCCGUUGGACGGAGCCUUGGAGGAACCUGGCCCCGGGAGCACCGGCGAGCUGCGACAAACUCUAGGGUUCACUGCUUCUCCGUGCCGGACACGAGGGAGUGGGCAGAAGAACUCCAGGCGCAAGCGGGACCUGGUACUGUCGAAACUUGUGCACAAUGUGCAUAACCAUAUCACCAACGACAAGAGAUUCAAUGGCUCUGAAAGCAUCAAGUCUUCUUGGAAUAUUUCGGUCGUGAAAUUCCUUCUAGAAAAACUGAAACAGGAGCUGGUGACGAGUCCCCACAACUACACGGACAAGGAACUGAAAGGUGCCUGUGUGGCCUACUUCCUUACUAAGAGGCGUGAGUACCGCAACUCUCUGAACCCCUUCAAAGGCCUGAAGGAGAAAGAGGAGAAGAAGCUUCGAAGUCGCCGCUAUCGGCUUUUCGCCAACCGAUCCAGCAUCAUGCGCCACUUCAGCCCCGAGGACCAACACCUGUGGAAAGAUGUAACAGAAGAGCUGAUGUCAGAUGAAGAGGACAGUCUGAACGAGCCAGGGGUCUGGGUGGCCCGCCCUCCCCGCUUCCGGGCCCGGCGCCUCACGGAGCUCUGCUAUCACCUGGACGCUAACUCCAAGCAUGGCACCAAAGCCAACCGCGUGUAUGGGCCACCCUCGGACAGGCUGCCCUCUGCGGAAGUCCAGCUCCUUCCCCCAGAACUCUAUAACCCCAACUUCCAGGAGGAGGAGGAUGAGGGAAGGGACGCGAAUGGACCCGUCUCCCCUUCCUUUGACCAAACGCGCAAAACCUGCUGUCCUGAGUUGAACUCAUUCAUUGAAAUCAAGGUGGAAAAGGACGAGUGAACUCCAUUAGCCAGGAAUGACUCUGGCUUCUCGCACUCCCCACGUCCCAGAAACGGGCUG